AUGCAUGCUGUAACUGGUGACAACUCUAAUGCCUUGCGUAUCCUCAUCGCUCAGACCACACCCGUCACACUUCCCGUAUCCAUCAAGACGCUCAAUCUAUGGGCCAAGAAUCACAACAACAGUAACAUGGAUCAAGGCGUGUGGCGUGAGAUCAUGGCUGGUCUUCUCGAUCUCCGCUGCACUACAGAGCACUUAUCGAGAAAGUUUGACCAUGAUGUCGAAGAGAAUCAGAGCUCAUUGUUAUUGAUUGAGGAGGUCGUUGCUCAUUCCAGAGAUGCGACUCUCUGGAGCAAAUUUCAACAACUGCGCAAGGUGCUCGAUGAACCAAUGGUCAUGGUGUUUGAAGAGUUUGAUCGCAUCAGCUUGAAAGACGGUGCAUUGCAGUCGGACGACCCAACCAAGGCCAUGGAGGACCUGGAACACCACCUUGACUAUCAAGUCAUGUGGUCCACCGACCUUCACUCAUUCAUCGAGAGCACUGUUACACUGGCAAGGCGCGCUGGUUUGGAUGUUGAUGCUAUGAUGGACAAGGUCUCGCGAGUUAUCGAUGCUCUUUCGCCUGCACCAGACUCACAAAGCAGGAAGGAAAUCAUUGAUACCUUGUUGAUGGCUGAGAUCAUUACACAUCAAAUCUCGCUUCUAGAAGAUAUGGAUGAAGUCCAACAGGUUAUGUACGGUGACUUUAUGUACGUCACUGAACACAUUGUACAGUUGAAUCGAUUGGAUCUCAUUGAAUACUUCAUGUACGAGAUUGGCAAUGGCACCAGCGAGCAGUUCUUGGCAAUUGCCAAGCAUGGCUCACUCGAGAUGGUUGUCGCAGCAACAAAAUGCGUCCAUACAACACCCAUCGCCAACUGGAGAUCGGCACUCACGAAUGGACUUGAUGAAGCAGUACGCAGGGAUGAUAAAGAGAGUGAUGACAUUGUCCGUCACCUUGCUGCCCUUGUCAGUGUGGACAGUUUGGAGGACGAGGAAGACAUCAUUGUUGCCUCAUCCUUUGACAAACUUCUGGCCCUCAGCAAGGUACUUGAUCAAGUCAAGCCGGCUGUGAUAAACCUUGAGCAGUAUAAACAACUCUGUUCUUUGGACCCUAGCGGCACCAUUCAUUCCAAACGAUUCAUCCAAGAAUCACUUGACACAGCAAUCCGACUGGGCGACAUCCCACUAAUCGAUCACCUGAUCGGCCUCGUUUCAAAAGAGAAGAAAACGAGUCAUGUCCGUUUGGUUGGCAUGGCAUGGCAAUGUGGACAAUUGGGGGUUGCCAACAAACUGCUCAACAAUCCAACAUCUCGUGCAUCACUGCUGGUGGAUCUUCGAAAUCCAUACUGGAUCGAUAUGAACGAGAGUUGUCCAGUUAGCAUAUUCAUGGAUGGCCUGUUCACUCACAAUGAUGAUGACCAGAUCAGGCAAAUGGCCAAGUCAAUAUAA